AUUUUGCAUUUUUACUUGCACGUUUUCGACUAACUGUAACUUCAAAGCAACGAUCGUGAAAGAACUUGUUCUUGAGAAUGGCUGACGAACAGCCCCAGGAAGAGAGGACUGUGUCCCUAGAUGAGGUACUGCUGGAAAAUUCUGCUCGAGAGGCGGAAGCUAGGGCUGUCUUGGGUGCUAGCGAUGCCAAAAACUGCACCUACCCAAAGGGUGCUCUUGCACGGCAAGCGGUGUUUGCCUGCGCAACAUGCAUUCCAACACGAAUGCCCGGUGUUAAAGCCGCCGGCAUGUGUUUGGCCUGCAGUUUAGUGUGCCAUGAAGGCCAUGAGGUGUUUGAACUCUACACUAAACGAGAUUUCUGUUGCGAUUGUGGCAACUCUCGGUUUGAUGACUUCCGCUGUCGCUUAUACCCUGACAAGAAGCCUGAGAAUGAGAACAACACGUACAAUCACAACUUCCUUGGCAAGUACUGUACCUGCGAUCGGCCGUAUCCUGACUUAGAACCACUGGAUGACAGUGUCGUGGAUGAUCAAAUGCUACAAUGCGUUGUAUGUGAAGACUGGUUCCAUGAGAGACACCUUGGACGCCCGGUACCUGAUGAGUAUGAAGAGAUGGUGUGCGAUGCCUGUGUGAAGCGAUGUCCGUUCCUGCACUAUUACUCCAUGCAUAGCGAUCUGCAUGAUACGCAUGCAGGUGGAGAUGCCAAUGGUUCCACUACAGCUACCACCACUUCCACUGGCAUUAGCACUGCAUCUGCUUCAGCUUCCUCUGCUGAUCUUGGUAGUGCCGCAGCAGGCGCCAAUGCCGAUGCAAGCACUGAUGUUCUCGAUUCUUCCUUCGAGUCAUCAGAGCGACAAUGUGAUUUGGAGUAUAGACAAGUGCGUCGUCCACUGCCAGAUGGCAUCAAGACCAUUGAUAAAGCCAGUUACUUCCGCGAGGACUGGAGACUGGAGCUGUGCUCUUGUGCUAAGUGCUUGGUAAUGUACGAGGAGCUGAAUAUCUUGUUCCUGCCGGAUGCCAGUGACACAACAGCGGCAUAUGAGGAGCUGGGACAGGCCAACUCACCGUCGGGUCAUUCAACUGGAUCGUUGGAAGACCAGGGUGUUGAGGCACUAAGUAGUCUACCUGUUGUUCAGCAAGUGGAAAUGAGCACAGAGUACAACAAUAUGAAAUCUGAACUGACAGCCUUCCUCAAGCCAUUUGCUGACUCUGGCAAGACUGUGUCUGAUGAGGACAUACGCCGUUUCUUCGACCAGCUGAAGGAUAGAAAGCGACGCCCAGGCGAUGGACCCCCGCCGGCAGGGUGUGGUGGAGGCUUGGCUUGAUCGCAUGACGGUGGUUGCGAAUGAUGUCAUCCAUUGCAAAUCAUCAUACAAUACAUUUCAGGGAAACAAUCUGUCAACAGCUCCCAGUACUGUUUUUCUGUUGUGGUAAAUUCUUCACAUGGCGUGUGUAUUCUCUCUGUUUCAUUUACUUUUACUCCGACUACCGUUUCUGAACCCCGUUUUACAUUCUCCAGUAUCCUCCGCUGCACUGAGGCCCCUUUAGGCACGUCGCCAAUCAAACUCCAUUGCAUCAAAUAUUCUUUUUCAGUAUUCUCUGCUCUCAUAGCUGUAACUUCACAAUACCUUCAUCCAUAAUUUUUUUAACGUACGAGACUGCAAAAUAGUUGUCAAAACAUACCAGUACAAACUCUCAUGAAACAUUCCUCCGUUUCCAGCAUUUCCAAUGUGAUCAAUCCUAUGACGCUUUUUGACAUUGCCUAGUUCAAUGUAAAUGUUACCAAGAGAACUUUGACUGUUAAUAA